GCUGUUGGCCCGAACUACCAUUUGUUGUAUUUGUUUUUGUUAUUUUCGCUUCCUAUUUAGUUUAGUACCAAUUGCUGAUUUUCAGCCGGCAACGCGGCUCGUGCACGGACGCUUAUGUAAAGUGUAAUAUGGAAGCAUGUCUUCCACAUCCAGCUCCGUGCUAGCGCUGUCUUCGUUCAAUUUAUUAUUUUUCACCCAAGUGCUAACGGUGCUUAGUAUCACCAUCAAGUACAACGAAUAUGCGACAGACAAAGGUGGAAAUGUUAGCAUACCCUGCAUAGCCCAAGGCAAUAUUAUGUGGGUCAAGGAACACGGCAGCAAUAGCACAAUAAUACAGACGGGUCGUAUAUUGGUGUUGCGUAAUGUGAGUACCUCGGAUGGCGGCAUCUAUGUCUGCUUUGCGACGCUGCCAGUGACAACAACGAGAGCAACAUCCACAACAGCAACAGCAAUGCCAGCGACAGCAGCAACUACCUCAUCGCAACAGCAGCAGCAGCAAACGCUGGCAGUGGAACGGGGAGAGCAAGAGCCGAAUGCAGAGGAGGUGGAGGUGGUGGAGCAAGCGUAUCAGGCUUAUCAACGUAUCAAGCUGACGGUGCGCACUACACCUGGCCCGGUGUCACAGCUUUAUUUCAAGGCCUCCACCAUACUGGGCUUUCUGAUAUGGCGCUUCAAUAAGACUCAAUCCGGUGGCUAUCCUGUGCGCAGCUUUACGGCCGAAUAUCGCAAUGUCUCGUACCGCACGCCGCCGGCGAAUGCCAGCUAUGAGCACGAAUGGAGUCGCAUGGAUCCCAUUAAUAUAGCGCCCAAUGUGCGUCAAAUGGAGGUCUAUCGCCUGGCGCCCAACACCACAUACGAGUUUCGUAUAUGGGCCAACAAUGAGCUGGGCAGCGGUGAGGUGGUCACCACCAAUGUGACAACAUUGCCAGAGACCAAGGAGGAGGAUCUCAUACGCCUUAUAAAACCCGACUUAGAUAAUUUUGAUCCACGCAUUUGGAUAGUCGCCGUCAGUAUAGUGCUGGGAACACUUGUGAUAUUAGCCAUUGGACUCUGUAUUGUGCUCUCUAAGGAGUGCUAUCAAUCAACGCAAAUGGAUCUCCAAGAUGGUUGGGACAGCAUUGAGCUUAUACCGAAUAUAAUACUUAAUCCCGGUUUCAGUGAAUCCGACGGAGCUAAGAACGUGCAGCCGUUUACGCGCCACAUUCUUUUUGGCCACACGGGACAGCAAUAUACCCAUAAUGUUGUUGAUGAUGAAGACGAUGACGACGAUGAUGAUUACGAGGAGGAGGAGGAUCUGGAGCCGACAAUGGAAAAGUUCAAGCGCAAAGUUUCGGUAUUCUUUACAGGUCCCACCAUCAAACGUAUUUGAAAGUACAAAGUGCAAUUUUAUGGCUACGCCUAUACAGAUCUAUUUAGGUUGUUGAAUUGUGGCUACGGUUUAACCAAAUAUACAUGCAUACGUUUGUACAAUACUCUGUAGAGCUUAUUAUGUUUGUGCAAUAGGCAAAUCAUUUCCUUCGGUUUCAUUUGCCAUUCGACACGAAGACACCAAUUUUUAUAAAAUAAACGCUAUUCGCUUCAAGAGCGCUUUAAGACAAACGCAUUCCAAUCUAUUUACUAUCUAUGUAAUUGCUAUUUACACUUUCUUUUGUGAACUGUUAAAGCGUUCUGCUAAAGUGUAAGCUUCAUGAAGUACUGAGAGCCUAACAAUUAUUGCUGUGUUCCAAUUUUUCCAAAUUCUUUCGAGAUUUUCCAUAACAGACUAGCGCUUACUUUGUAGCUUAUCGUGAUUAAAGAUGUUAACAAUUUGAAUUUUUGAAAUAAGUUUAGAGAAAUGUUCAACAUUUUGUGCUCAUAUUUUUGUCAAACACACACAUGAACAUCGGAUACACACACACACACACACACGGAGACACGCACAGACACAUUUCUUAUAAUCAUGUGUAUUUUACAUAAUAAAAUAACAAAUAUAUUGCUGUGAUACAAAUUCAAUUGAAGGACAUUAUAAAGAUUUAUUAAUACUCGUAAAUAGCAAAAUCAAAUGGAAAACUCAUGCACAAAAAAAAAGAAACCACAAACAAACUCUUGUGUAUUUUAGUUAAGUAGCGAAUUAUUGUUAAUUAAAACAAAGCAUACGUGCAUCACAUAUUUGCUGAAAAUAAUUAUUUUGAAUAUUUUUUUUUUUCAAAAUAACCAGAAAGAAUUUAGAAAACUUUUAAGAGUUUUGAAUAGCUGAUAACACGGAUGAACAACUAAAUGAAUUAAUUGAAUGCAGUCUCCAGAUCCGUUAAUAUAACUAUGAUUUCCUCAAGUCAGAUAAUCAAAAAUCAAUGCAAAUAAAUAAAAACUAAACAACUGUGAAUGAAUUUUAUAAUUGAGCAAAUAUUUUGCACUGUAGCGCGCACCAAAAAGAUACCUAUACAUAUGUACAGUGUACAUUAGUGUAUAAGAAGUCCUGUAUGAACGCUAUGAUUGAAACAUUAAUGAUUGUUAGAAACAAGUUUUUUAACAUAUUUUCAAAAUGCCUUGUGCUUUAGUUUGAUUUUGGGGCAACAGGAAACUAAAACGUGUGUAUAAACAUGUAUUAUAUACAUAUAAGCUGUCUAGUUAAAGUAGCUGAAAUACAAAUAAUUCAAAACUGCUUCCACAAAAAUUAAAAAAAAAAAAUAAAAAAUAAAUAAAUAAAUAAAAAACAGCCUAAAAACAAUGAAAUUGUUAUGAUAUUACUUAUAGAGACACGUUCAGUUGAAUGCAUACAAUAUAAACCAAAUGAGAUUUCGAAA